GGAGAGACUGUGACAAAGUCAAAUGUGUCCGAGUGACAGAGAGGAAAUCAGCUUUAGCCUCUUUAAGAGAGGACAAACACUGAAAAGUCAUUAGAAUUAUUAAAUGAUUCUGAUAAAUGUGCAGUUAUUAAAAAAAAGAAGAAGUUAGAAUUGAUUAAUGAGGAAGGAGGUUAUUAAGUUAUAAAGCAGGAAGACGGAGAGGUGAUGGAGGAGAUGUCCUCCUAAAGACACCAACAACAUGGUUUUUAUGGAAUCUGGAUAAUAUUUUUUUUCCUACCAUGCAGAAGAGAUCGAUACGUCGCAAGUUGCCCGUCUUCAUCUUCACCUUCUUCAUCAUCCUCUAUGUGGAUUUCCAAUUACGCACCAGCAGCGUUCAGCACCAUCCGUCCAUCCAGGAGGCUCCAUCUCCGGCCAGGGGAGACAAGCAGAACCGGCCCACCGACACCAUCAGCACCAGCAGCACCAGCAGCAGGGCCACAGGUGUCCCACAGCCUCCACUGAAGCUGGAGGACAUCUACGUCGCCGUGAAGACCACCGGGAGGUUCCACAGGACGCGCCUUGAGCUCCUGUUGGAGACCUGGAUCUCCAGAACCAAAGCGCAUACGUUCAUUUUCACAGACACGGAGGAUGAGGACCUACAGUCACACGGUUACAACAUGGUGGUUACUGACUGCCAGUCCGAUCACAGCCAGCAGGCUCUGUCCUGCAAGAUGGCUGCCGAGUACGACGGCUUCAUGGCCUCAGACAAGAGGUGGUUUUGUCACGUGGACGACGAUAACUACGUGAACCCGGAGGCCCUCCUCUCCCUCCUCUCUGCCUUCCCCCAGGACGGCGACAUCUACGUGGGAAAACCGAGCCUGGACAAGCCCAUCACUGGUCACGAACUGCUGGAGGGCAAUGCAACGAGGGAGGUGCGGUUCUGGUUCGCCACCGGAGGAGCAGGAUUCUGUCUGAGUCGACGGCUCGCAGAGAAGAUGGCUCCAUGGGCCAGCGGGCCCCGGUUUGAGCAGACGUCGGCGAAGAUCCGUCUCCCUGACGACUGCACGGUGGGCUUCAUCGUGGAGAAGCGGCUGGGCGUCUCCAUGGUCCACUGUCCUCUGUUCCACUCACACCUGGAGAACCUGCUGCUCGUCAGCCACAGAAGCAUCCCACACCAGGUGACUCUGAGUUAUGGGAUGUUUGAGAACAAGAUGAACAGCAUCGAGGUGAAAGGAAGCUUCUCUAAGGAGGACGACCCCUCCAGGUUUAAGACCGUCCACUGCAUCCUGUAUCCUUUCACCAGCUGGUGUCCUUGAACUCAUCAUAGAAGGACUCCCAUGAACACUUGGGACAAGAGUGGUAACCCUGCUGGAUGGAGUAUCAUUCCUGUGUAUUGUCUAAAUCCGGAAAAAACCCCGAUGGAUUUAAUUUCAUGGAACAUUUUGAGAUGCAGACAGCAGAAGAAGUGGAGAACCGGAAAGACAGCAGAGGACUGUUUCUCUCUCUAGCUGCUUACAGGAGAGAACAGAUGGGAACUCACGGACCCAGAAAAUAGAACCAGAUCUUGACGAUGAACUGAAAAGGUUUUUUUUUUCCCUCACCUGUCAGUUACAAACAGACGAUAACGGAGAAAAUGGGAACUUUUUUGCAUCUUUACUACUGAAUGUUUGGAGGAUUGUACCUGUGGGAGGGAGGCACUUAAGACAAUGUAGCACUAGUGAUUUUCACUGGAAUUACAUCAAGUUGAUUUGUUGACAAAAUUGUACAUAUUUUGUAAAAUUAACACAAAUUUCUAUGGACAUUGCAUUGAUUAAAUUUUGAUAUAUAUAUAUAUAUAUUUUCUUUUUCCACUUUUCCUUUAUGCCAAAAUUGUUAAGAUUCUCUAUACGACAUUUAUUACAUUAUUUUACGAUGAAAAACCACAAAUCUGUUGACGUAUGAUCCCAUUCAUUUCUAUGGAGAGCAAGAGAGCCAGUCCCGGGUUUCAUGAUGGAUACGACACGGUGAGUUGACUGAACAUUUUCCAUUUUUACAUCCCUGAAUUUGCAUAAUCAGUUGAAGCCCAACUUCAACUUUAUGCAAAUGAGGUCCAUAUAUCACAAUGCACCAGGUUGGCAAACUCAGAUCAGUCAAACUAAGGACAGCUGAUAAAAAGUGAAUCGAUAUUAUGUUACUUUAUUGCUUAUUUUUCACCUCAAAUGCAUCCAGAAACACAUCUAAAUGAACCGUUCAGCUGUAAAGGUAGAAAGUUUGUUACCCGGUUGCCAUGGCAAAAUCAGUCGAGACAAAAAACAAGCAUGGGCCGGUGAGAACACACACAGUGGAUCGCGAAACUCAGAUUAAAAAGCAGUCAAACUAGGCGGCGCUGAUCGCAAAUCAAUCAUGAUUCUGUUACUGCAUUACCCAUUCCUCACCUCAGAUGUUUUCAGAAACACAUUUAGAACUGAUCAGCUGUGAAAUGAGAACGUUUGAGACCCGGUUCGCCAUGUUGAAAAUAGUCGAGCGAGAACUAUUUCCAUCUCUGUCAGCACUGUUACCGUUGUUUGCACUGUUAGCUGCGAGCUGCCCGGCUCGGCAGUCACCAUGUUGAGAGCCAUAUGGAGUCAAUAAAUAUGCUGUGACUUUUUGUAAACUGAUGGAUUAAAC